UUUGAAGACAACGCUGGAAUGAUGGGGACUGAGGAAGAGGUGGAUGCUGCUGCCAACUUAUUUAAAUUACCAGCAGUAGAUCUGGAAGAAUACGACACCGACAGUGACGUCGAGGACAGUACUGAUAAUGAUUACGAUAGUUCAGAUUCAGAUUAA